UACCCCCUUCGAAGUCUAGAUAGAGAACAUCUCCCGAGUUCUCCACGUGCCCACAAUGAUAGAGCUUCAGAAUAUCCGUUUGUCACAUCAAAACGCGUGUCUAUGGUCUCAUUUGUGUCGAUCGGACCCUUCCGAUUUUCUUCGACAACGGCGGCAAAUAUCCCACCUAAAGUACCGAUACAAAAGGGCAUACACGUAACAUAGUGAUAUCGCUUGAGAUUCUAGCUAGCAUAGAUCUCUUGGGUAGAAAAUCACCAUAGUAAAUUCCUUUAUCAGUUUUCGCAAUGCCUGGACAAGAUCCCACCAAAUCAACUAUCUUGAUCAUCGGCGCGGGGUGUUUCGGCCUAGCUACAGCGCAUAGGCUAGCCUUGGCCGGGUAUUACAAUGUCACAAUGCUGGAAAAAGACGACGUAGUCCCAAGUCGCUUCUCUGCUGCCAAUGACCUUAACAAAGUUAUCCGCGCCGAAUAUGCGGAUUCUUUCUAUACAGAUCUCAGCGUAAAAGCCAUUCAAAAAUGGCGGAGUGACCCGCUAUACAGGCCUCAUUAUCAUGAGACUGGUUUUCUGAAUGUUACGUCAGAUAAGGCCGCGCAAGUAACUAAGGACGUGGUUACGAACUAUCUUACCUCAAUCAAGGGGCAUCCGGCAUUUAAAGGGCAAUUCUCGACUAUUAAUGGCGCAGCAGAUGUGAAGAAGGUUGCUCCAGCGUUUAGUGGCCCAACAGCAGGAUGGACGGGAUAUUUCAAUAAAAUGGCUGGAUACGGCCAUUCAGCAGACGCUUCGAAAGCUGUCUAUGAAGACUGCGUUAAGUUAGGUGUGAAAUUUGUCCUCGGAAGUGAUGGAGAUGUUACAGGACUGGUGUAUGCCUCCAGACCAGCUGGAAAGGUGUGUGUAGGAGCCAAAACGCGCCAAAAGACAUACCGCGCAGACAAGAUUAUACUGGCAAUGGGAGCUGAUGUGUCGAGACUGGUGCCUCAGAUUGGACCUCAAGUCACGGGUCGCUGUUGGGGCGUCGUGCAUAUCCAGUUAACACCUUCUGAGGCGGAAGCUCUAAGAGGGAUACCUGUCACUAAUGUUCGAGACCUUGCGUUCUUUUUCGAACCAGAUAGGGCUACCAAUAAGCUCAAGUUCUGCCAUAUGGGUGGCGGAUUCACAAACUUUGCUUCGUCCAAAAAUGGGCUAUCUCUUCCGUUCGCGAAACUCGAAGACUCGCAGUUCAUCCCACUAGACGACGAGGCUUACAUUCGAACGUUGCUUCGGGAAGUCCUUCCUCAAUUCGCAGAUCGCCCAUUAAUUGAUGCACAUCUUUGUUGGUUCGCAGACACAAUCGACUCGGAUUACAUCAUUGACUACGUUCCAGGCACCAACGCUUCGCUUAUCGUGCUUUCCGGGGACUCGGGCCACGGGUUCAAAAUGCUCCCGAUUUUCGGGGACUUUGUCAAAGAUAUCUUGGAGAAUGGCUCGCAAAAUAUUGCGAAGUGGCGAUGGAAAGAUAGUUCGCGAAUUAAGGAGGGCAGCACUUGGCGUGGUGAUACAGCGACACAAGAGCUUGUUGGUUUACCCCGUGCGCGACUGUAAUCUCGAAUUAUUAUGACAAAUAUCCCCUCAAUACACGCGCCUAGACAAGCCAGUAGCAUAUUUAUUAGGUAGACGUUUCUUCUACCUAGUCAUCUCAAAAGAUGCUGGAGAAAAAUAAAUGCCGAAAAUGCUGGCGUUCAUAAGUCUACGGCUACCGAGUAGAGCAUCAAGGUGCCCAUUUACUAAAUAUGAUUUACGAA